CAGUGGGACUGGGCAGUCAGAGGCCUCCAAACUCACCCUGAAACCAUCACAAUAAUUCUGUGGGAUGAAGCAUAAUUUUUCUGGGCAUCACUUUCUCCACUGUUAGAAUGAGGUGAUUAAAUAAUCAUUAGGUCUCUUUCAAGCUCUACUAUCAAAUGGCAGUGUACGUUCAACCCCAUGGUCAAUUCUGACUCUCCCAAGAAAGGAGAAAGGGGCACUGGCACCAAAGGACCCCACAAGAAAAGCCUCUCUGGGCUCAGACCUAGUAGGCAGCAACAUGGCUCGACACACCAAGAAGGUUGGAGUCAUAGGUAAAUACAGAACCCAUUAUGGUGCUUCCCUCAGGAAAAUGGCAAAGAGGAGUGAAAUAAGCCAACAAGCCAAAUACACUUGCUCCUUCUGUGGCAAAACCAAGACAAAAGGAGGAGCUGUGGGGAUCUGGCUCUGUGGCUCCUGCAUGGAAACCAUUGCUGGUGGCCCCUGGACCCGCAACACCACUUCUGCCCUCACAGUAAACUCUGCCAUCAGAGUACUGAAGAAGUUGAAAGACCAGUAGAAGCUCCACCAUUUGAAACACUGCUAGCCUAUAAUAAAUGGGUUAAUUUAUGUAACAAAAAAGAAAAGAAAAAAGAAAAAAGAGCCUAUCUUGACCACGGGUAGGAAAAUGCCCAGCCAACUCCUGAUUCCCAUGAGUUUAUGAACUAUGGGGCAUUCAACCAGAUGUUGCCAUUGGACCUUCAAUGACAGCAAUUUUCUUCUCCACCUUUGAGCCACAAGGGAGACAGAUGAUAGAGGCUGUUUUAGCUGGUGAGAGUUUUCUUCUAUUCAGGUCUCUGGCUGGAAGAGUCUAUUUCAUUCCCAGUGUAACCCUUCUUACUUCCUCCCACAAUUAAUUGAUUGCAAAAUUAUUAAUUGUGCCACAAAUUUUCAGUCAUCAAUGUCUUAUUAA